AUGUACGAAAGUGGCCUUUCUCCGGAUGGCAAGAAGUCGUCUUAUGAGUUUGCAAGCUACAAGGAUCUACCUACAUUUUUGGAUAUAUAUAACAAACUCCCGAACCCUUACAGAUGCUUUUUCGAGCAAAUCCGAGAAGGAAAUCCCUGUUGUGAGUACUACGACAUUGACUGGAAACUUACUACGACCUCCAAGGGAAACACCGAUCCUCCUUCACUCGAAGACGGCGCUAGUCCACUCGUCCCUAGCGAGGGCAUCGAUGCUAUUGCGCAACUUGAAAGACGAGUGUUUGGUGAGUUUCUUGCUGCUCGCAACCAAUAUGCACCGAAAUAUCCCAUCACCGAGAAUCAAUGCCGAAUCUUGACUUCAUCCACUCAUAAAAAGAUAUCAUUGCAUGUCAUGAUACCAACGUACACAUUCGAGAACAAUCACAGACACCUUUGGACAUUCCUGCUUGAUUUUUUCAAGGAUAUCAAAGCUGACCAGGAUCAGAAUGAAGGUAAUCUGCUCAAGUACAUUGAUUCAGGUGUAUACUCAAGAAGCAGAAGCAUCCGAUGUCUCGGAAGCUCGAAACGUAGAGACAUAACCAGACGUUUCAUCCGUACCCCAUGGCAUCAGCCAUCUAUGCAUGCAUUGGAUGCAGAAUUUUUCAUCACCAAUGUUCAGCCCAAUAGUAUCAAAGUGGAAAAAUCUCCAGCUGCCGACAGGUUCUCAAGGCGCCAGCGUAACCAGAUACCGUCAACUUCAGCAGCACUUGGAGAUGCAUCUAGAGAUAUGACAUUACCACACCAGUUGUCCGUAUCUGUCGUCUCUGAUGCUGUACAUAGAAUAUUUGCACAACACAAGCAUGCAAACCUAUACAGAAUACAGUAUGAUGGCCAAGGCGGGAUCUAUAAGCUGCAACGAGUUCAAUCUGGUCAAUGCGAUGUAUGCAAGAGAAGACACGACAACGAGAAUGGCUAUCUUCAAGUGAGUCGAAAUGGAAGAGUGACGCUGUAUUGCUACAGAGCUAUUGCCGAGGGUUUAUCCCGCAAUAUCCUCGUCGGGGAAUUGGAUUUCGGCGAAAAGAUUGUCCUGAGACAACAUCUUGCUACGUUGGACACAGAUCAGCACUUGCAUCCAGGCGAAGUGUAUGCGUCACCCUACAUCAAAUACCACAAAUCACCGAUGAGUCUCUUGAUAAGGAGCGAGACUGGCACUGGAAAAACGACAUUCUUGGAGCAGUUUAUUCAAAUGAACCCAAAGUUGACGUAUCUUGCAAUAUCUCCAAGACAGACACUAGCCUCCAGUCUAGAGAAGAGACUCGGGUUUAAAAGCUAUUUGGAUUUUCCCUCCACUUAUAUCAAAGGUCAGAAGAUUGUCAUACAAGCCGAAUCUUUACAUAAACUGGAUCUUGCAUACUACACCAUGGAUGUUGUUCUGGUUCUGGAUGAAGUGUCAUCUAUCUUUGAUCAGAUGACAAGUGUCGCCACCAUGAGGGGCUUCCACAAGGCCAAUAAUGAUAUAUUACGAGACUUCAUUAAGGUAUCCAGGAAGGUGAUUGCCUUGGAUGCUGAUCUAACAGACCGAGACGUUCAGGUCAUCAAGGAGCUUCGAGAUGAUGUCCACAUUAUCCAUAAUACAUUCAAGCCACAGCAAGGAGAUCUCGUCUCUCUUUAUGAGAAUGAGGCUUCUCUGAAGUUAAAGGUUAUUAACUUAGUCAAGUCUGGAAAGAAAGUGUGGAUAUGUAGCACACAGAAGGCUGAAGAUGCUGAAAGUUUACAUAGUGAAUUGAAGAUAUGGGGUUCAUUGGGAUUUGGGCUUGAUUGUAACAUGCAACACUUUGAUUAUGUUGCAGGAUUUUUCAUGUCACAAAGUAAAGUCAAUGUAGAGACAUGUAGGCAAAUGCUCAGAAGAGUACGGCACGUCCAGCAAAAAGAAUACCUUGUCUAUAUCAGCAAUUCAAUAAACAAUCUUCCAACAACACACAACGAAAUAGUCAAGUAUCUUUGCAGCCAAGAGGUUCAAAUCAAGGGAUGCGCUAUGGAUACGAAUGGCUUUCCGCUUGAUCUGAGGGUAGGGCAAGGUCCUGGAGUGAAGCAUGAUGUUGGCGAUAUUUACUACACAAUAUUCAUCAAUGCACUGAUAAAGAAGCAUCUAUCAAUGAAUGAUUUUCUUCAGCGUUUCAUUGCUCAAAUGGUUCAGGCUGGCUGCAGAGUUGUUGGGCUAUCUAAUCAGCCCAAGGACCUUAAGGUUUCUGAAUCUCUGAAACAGAGGACAGCCACCCUACUUCAAGCCAAGUAUACAGGGAUAUCGGAGGCCAAGGUAAUUGAUUACGAAGAAUUACUACGACUGGAAACAAGGUCAGACCUUUCUACUGAAGAGUAUUACGCAGUACAAAAAUUCAGGAUUAUGGACGCCUACGGCAUUGAGGACCCAUCUAUCCUUACGCCUGAAUGGGUGCAGACCUACAGUAACCCAAAAGAGAUGAAGGUCUUUCAGAAUCUGCGAGCCUUGAAGAACGACCCAGAGUUGAAGAUGACAAAGCAGAGCGACUCGUAUCCUCUGGGGAAAGAUCAAGAAAGGAGGGACACUGGCGCCAUACUACAUAGACUACAUCAUUCAAAGUAUACCAAACUAAAGUAUGCAAAAGACAUCCUCUUUGCCUGUGGUUAUGACUCCCCAUUUGAUCCCAAAUGUAGAGCAUCCACUGCUCUCAAAUCAAGCCUGGAUGAGCAAUGGGAAUCGCUAUCGUCAAACAUGCGGAAUAUUUGCACACAACUUCUAAUCCCGUACCCAUCUCAUAGCAACUGGAACUUCAGAAACCGGCAGAACUUUGUCAACUCUGUCUUGAAUGAGGUUUUUGGUAUUCAUAUAGUUGGAACUAACAAGAAAGCCACAAGCUAUCAUAUAAAAUACAUGAGGGAAGUAGGGAAGAAUUGGGAAGGUUUCUUCAAUGAUGGAACUAAAUGAAUACAA